CAGCGGAACAUGGCGGCUGAGUAGAAUCUGCGAUAGCGGGGCUGAGCGGCUCUCAGCGCCUUUUACAUUGCGGGAAAAAACCUUUCAAAAGAAGGAAGUUGGUAUUAUUCCAGCUUUUGCGUGUUGUGGAACAUUGCAGAAAUUGCCAUGGGGAGAGCUUCAGCAACAAAAGAUCCAAAAGAAAAUCGAAAAGAAAAAACUGGGAAGAGCCAUGUACCAAAUAAUCCUCUUAAGAGCAGCGAACAUUUUAACUGGGAUGAGUACUUAAAGGAAAAUGGAGAAGUCCCUGCUCCUUCACAUUGUUUUAAACAGCCAAGAACACCACCCACCAAUGAGUUCAAAAUAGACAUGAAACUUGAGGCUCAGGACCCAAGAAAUGUUACCUCAAUUUGUAUAGCUACUGUGGUUGGCAUAUCUGGAGCAAGGCUACGAUUGCGAUUAGAUGGGAGUGACAACAAAAAUGACUUCUGGCGAUUGGUUGAUUCAUCUGAUAUACAACCUAUUGGAACUUGUGAGAAGAACAGUGGAAUGCUGCAGCCUCCACUUGGUUUCAGAAUGAAUGCUUCAUCCUGGCCAAUGUUUCUGUUGCGAACACUAAAUGGAGCAGAAAUGGCCCCAGCGUGCAUAUUUAAGAAGGAACCUCCAAGUCCUCAGCACAAUCAUUUCAAAGUUGGGAUGAAACUAGAAGCAGUGGAUCGAAAAAACCCUCAUCUGAUUUGUCCAGCAACUAUUAGUGAAGUGAAAGCCGAUGACAUUUUCAUAACGUUUGAUGGCUGGAGAGGCGCAUUUGAUUAUUGGUGCAGAUAUGAUUCUCGUGACAUCUUUCCAGUUGGAUGGUGUGGCAUGACAGGCGAUGGCCUUCAGCCACCUGGAAAUAGAGUGUCAAUUCCAAAGAGUAUUCCUGCUACUCCAUCAACUCCUUCCAGAUUGCCUAAACGUACAAUGCAGUCACCACAGAAAUCUGAUGACGUGACAAAUCAGAAAAAUCGUAAAAGCAUACGAGGCAAACGACCAGGACAAUCUACUUCGAAAAAGAAUGCACCAUCACCAACCAAUUCAGCACUUCAAUCUGAUUCCAUCUCUGAUCCAUCCAAAACAGUGAAAAGAGGGGCAAAACCAGGAGUCAAGAGGAAGUCACGAAGCACACAGAGUCCACAUCCUCCAUCUCCUACCACAACAACCCCUGAACCUGACAUUGACAGUGCGCUUGCAACUCAAGAUGCUGCUAGUAUUCACAAUACAACUCCAUCUGUAAUGUCUACAGUUUGUGUGUACGUUAACAAACAUGGAAACUGCGGACCACAUCUCAAUAAAAAAAACAUUCAACAGCUUCCAGAUCAUUUUGGACCUGGCCCUGUACCAACAGUGCUUCAACAGGCUGUACAAGGUUGUGUUGAUUGUGCCUACCAGGCUAAAACAGUCUUCUCAUUUCUUAAGUCCGGACAUCAUGGUGGAGAGGCAAUAACAGCCACGUUUGAUGGAGAGAAGCACACUGUGAAGCUUCCAUCUGUAAAUAGCGUCUCAUUUGUAUUGAGAUUUCUGGAGAAGCUCUGUUACAGUUUGCAGUGCGAGAACCUCUUUAGCAGCCAGCCUUUCAGCCCAUAUAUAGGUAAUGCACACAGUCCAACAGAAUAUGAGAGAGUGAAAUCAGCCAAAGAAGAAACAUUAGAUCCAGCCACGCUAACCAGGGGAUUAAAACGGUUUCCUCAAGAAUCUCCACCAUACAGUGCACCUCUCUCUCCAAAACUUGCAAGAACAGAGUCUCAUCCUUCAGAAGCAGAAGCAUUGCCUGCAGAAGAGAACGCUACACCGAAGGAGUACAAAUAUUCAGAGAACUUGGAUUCUUCCCUAAGUUCUGUAAAACCACCUAGUCCCCAUCAACGGAAUUCUAGUGAAUAUCGUAACUCAGGAAAUAAAUUUGUUUUCAGAAGUUCUGUCGUAUCAUCAGGCUGUACCUCAAAUUCUGCAUCCACUUUGAGAAGGCAGACUUCAAAUUCAGCAGCAAAUAAUAAUUACUAUGAUGUUAACAGAACCCGCAUGCAAAGGAGAAUAGAAGCUGCAAGUUCUACAACUGGACCGGACCUUCAUUCAACAGAACGUGAAUCGCCAAGAACUAAUAGUAAAGAUCCUUCCACUUGGUCCAUUGAAGAAGUCAUGAAGUUCGUUAAGGAAGCAGAUCCUCAGGCUUUAGCACCACAUGCUGAUCUCUUCAGAAAACAUGAAAUUGAUGGAAAGGCAUUACUCUUACUACGAAGUGACAUGAUAAUGAAAUAUAUGGGAUUGAAGUUGGGCCCAGCUUUGAAGCUUUGUUAUCACAUUGAGAGACUGAAACAUGGAAAAUACUAACAUAUCUUUUUUGCCUUUCAUCAGCCUGAUGGAAACGUUGAUCCUCAAAGCCACUGAAUUCCUCUUCAUGUGAAAUAAUUUCAUGAUUUUUUUUUUAAGAGGAGCAGUUGUAAUAUUAUUUAAGACUUUUAAACCAAGAAAAUGUACAGUUUCAUCCUGCGAUAUAAUACUUGAAAUGGGUCUGUUUUGCAGUGUCCAAGGCAGUUUUGUCAUUUUUGUAUUUCAUAUAACAAGGAUGCAAUAGUGCUGAAUAUUGUGCAUUCAGGGUGUUACUGUACAUGCUUUUGUAACUCGACACAAUUGAGUCUGCAGUUAGACAUAGGAUAGAGAAUUUUCAAUUUUAUCUUCCUGGUGUUAAAUUGCAGGAACGCAGUGUUCCAUUUGCAGGUUUCUGUUAAUCCAUAACAGCUUUUAGUCUCCUGGUACCAAAUAGCUAGAAUCCAAAGGAUAUCUGCGUCAGGAUUUUACUGUACUAAAAUGUUUAUGCAAAGCUUCUAGAUUACUAGAAGGAUUUUUGAGUGAUCAGGUAUUCUUGCCUCAGCAAACCCUGUGACUAUUCUUACCUGGCUCCUCUUAUGCUCCAGUGGAGUAAACAAUCUUGUACGUAUGAUUUUUGUCAUAUGAUCAACCAGGCUAAUACUGUCGCCCUUGAAGGGAUCAGGCAGUGGUUUACACUGUUAUGCAGUAAUUGAAAACUAAACCAGCACAAUGUUUUGGCAGAUUAUCUUAAAAGCCUUUAAUAUUUGUAUGUUUAUACUAUGUUCUUACACUCAGUUUUUUUGUAAUUUGUUGACUGAUGAUAUGCAGUCAGCCAGCCAUGUUUUUUACACUGUGAGACCUGACAUACUGAUAGUAAGCUGUGUUACUAUCUGUGCCUGUGAAAAAAAAUCAGGGACACGAAUGUAAAAUCUCCUAGCCAGUAACAGCUUGAAUGUAUUUCAUAAAUGAGUGUUAAUUGGAAGAAAUGACUAUUUUACAUAAGUUCGUAGUCUAUGAAACUAGAGAUUUUUAUUUUGUUGCUGGUUGCCUUUUUAUACAAGGUGAAUUCCUUUUAGUAAGAAAACAUUUGCAUAGAUAACGACAUACUUGUGGAAGAAUGCUUUAUGCAUUAUGGAUAAUAAACAUUGUAGUUAUAUAAAAUCGUGUAUAAUACUUUUGAGUGUAGUUGUGUUAUAAUUUAAAUACCGUUGUUUCAUCAGUGUUCACGAAUAAUCCAGUCCCACUUUAACUGCACAUUUUUCU